AUGAAAGCGACUUGGGGAAGAUUCUUGCUUUUGGGAACUGUUUUAGCGUAUGAAGAAUGUCGAGAAAAAUUCAAGAUACCGGAGAACAAAAGCGAACGGAUACCAGAGCUGAGGCUGAAAUUGAACAAAUUGGCUGGAUCGUCUAUCGGCCUGUGCCAUUAUUUCAUCGACACAGCGACGAACAUCACCGGAGCUCUCUCACUUGACAUCGACGGCUCGAUAGAUGGCUACUACUCUUUCCACGACUCUUCUUUUACGAUCAACUCCACUGCCCACCUGUCUAACUAUCGAAAAUUCCCUUACGAGUUCCACCACGAAUGUUCCAAAACACUACAAUUCCUCAAAAACGACGGGAAAAAGCUGAAAUUCGACUCUAGCAACAAUCAUGCGAAUCUUCGAAAAAGACGAGCAGCAGAAGAAGAUGAUACGAUAAAAUUUAUUGAACUCAUCAUGGUGGUCGCCCAAUCACUCGUCCUGGAGCAUGAGAAAGACAACGCAACGGAUUCGGAUGCUCGAUACCGCCCAGUUCUCAAGCGAUACGAAUCCGCGCACAACAUCAUUGACAAUUUCUACAAAGAAGCUGGCUUCCGAGUGGCAUUGCUCGAUAUUAUUCUGUGGAAAGAAAAAGAUGAAAUUGCUCUUGUCAACAAGCAAUCCGGCACAAUUCUAAGCAGCUUUCAGAAAUAUCGUUCAAAUCCAAGCCAGGGAUUGAAAGAGCGAUGGAAACGAGUCGACAACUCCCAAUUGAUCGUCGCCAAAGGAACUUUUGAGGACACCGGGACCAUCGGAAAAGCCUGGGUAGGGACGAUUUGCCGCGGAGGGAGCUCUAUUGGGGUCAAUGAAGAUCAUGCGAGCGAAGUUGUAGGAUUGGCGACGACGAUGGCGCACGAAAUGGGACACAAUUUGGGACUCAACCACAUCAAAGACAAAGAGUGUCCGAUCGGUCAAAAGUGUAUCAUGGCUCCUAGCUACUCCCUCUCGACGAAAAUCUCCAUCUGGUCGCCAGCGUCGAUAACCGCUUUGAAUGACAAAAAGGACGAGCUAUGCCUUCAAGAUAUUCCUGAAAAGAAGCUUCUUUACGGCGCGAAAAACUGCGGAAACGGUUUGGUUGAGCGGGAGGAAGAGUGCGACUGCGGGGAAAGCCCAUCUGACGAAUGCAAAAAAUGCUGCAACCACAGAACAUGCAUGUACCACGAAGGAAAGGAAUGUUCUGAUACGAAUGGCCCUUGCUGCAAAGAUUGCAAAUUACGAAAAGCUGGAUCAAUCUGCCGAGCAGAGCAAAAUAGCUGCGAUUUGCCAGAAUACUGCGACGGAAUCUACCCAUACUGCCCUCAAAAUGUCUGGACGAGAAACGGAGAGAAGUGUGAGGAAGAAGGACGCUGCUUCUCCGGACAAUGUAGAAAACGAUCAGAUCAGUGCAAGAAAUUCUUUGGCGAAAAAGCUGAAGUCAAUGAAGUUUGCAUGGAAAAGGCGAAUAAUCGAACAAGAGGCGAUUAUAGUGGAAACUGUGGAGAGAUGUACAAACCGGGCAUAUUUCGGUCUGAAAACUACUACGACUGCAAAGCGCCGAGCGAUUAUCUCUGUGGAAAGAUCCAAUGUGAACACGGUUCAGCGACUUUGCAGCAGGAAGAAUUCCGCGACGUUGAUGUUCGUUCACGAUCUGUAGAAGGCGCUAACUGUAAAUAUGUCGACUGGAGAGGGUCAAGAGACCUGGCGGGGAGCGAAAUGCUCUGGUACAGCGAUAGAAUUCCUCAAGGAACACCAUGUGGAGAAGAGAGCAUCUGUUCUUCUCAGCAGGAGAAUAUUUGGCAUACCUACGAGUCUUUUUCUGAAUGCGUUCCUUUGGCAGACAUGCGAGAAACGAACGAGGACUUCAAGCCGUGCCCAGAGAACUGCAACGGCAAGGGUAUUUGCAAUUCUCGUGGGAACUGCCACUGCAACGUCGGCUACGGCGGCAGAACUUGCUCGCAGAGAGGCUAUGGGGGCUCCGUCGAUUCUGGGCCCAUGAUACGACACGUGUUGGACGAGAACAUGGUCUCUUACAGCGUGGUAUUCGGCCUGCUAUUUCUACUGGCAAUUAUUGGCCUUGUUGUUUACAAAUUCCACUUUGGGCGCAACAUUUCGGAAAUAUGCUAUUAUCAACCGUGCCCUGGAAAAUCUGCUGCCGCACGUGCAAGAGCAGCGAGACAAAAGCAGGAAGCUUCUCAAAACCUAAACCGGAAUAAAACCGCCGCAUCUUCGUCCGGAACGCACGAUAUUUUCAAUCAAUGGGGCGAUAAUCCAAACGACAAUCAAAAUACUGCUUUUUCCAAGGCGCCUAAAACAGCCGAAAAAGUGAAACCUGUUUAUUUAAAAGAGCUGAAAACAACGAAGAAAACAACGAAAGAAUCGAAGCCGCCAAAUCCAGCUCCAAUUUCGCAGCCUCAAUGCGACCCCUUCGCAGUCAACUGGGGUGACCCAGUUUCUGAGCCUUCAGCUAUUCCAAAACAAAAACGACCGCCACCAGCUCCGCCGGCGCCUCCUAAAGACUACGAUCAAGACUCAUCUUCCUCACCGAACGAGCUCUCCGAAAUGAAGCCCGCUCCAUUGCCAAAAGAUUACUAG